GCCCUGCACCUCCUCCAGAACGCACAGAUUGGGUGAAAUGAUAGGCAGCGGAGGAGAGGGGGUAUAGACCAACAAGGAGCAGGGGAAGCAAAGCAGAACAGCUACUGAUCGGCGAGCGUGGAGCGGAAAGGAGAAAGCGACUAUGUCGUUAUAAUUAAUGCAGCUAUAUGCUUCGAACAUCGGGUUUGCAAGGGUUUAUUCUGGUCCUUGAUAAUCGAGGCGCCCUCCCAGGCGCCGGGCGAAACACGUGGCACUUUGUAUUCCCUCUGAUUGAAGAGCUUUGCUUACAGGAACGUAGCUGGUAGCUGAGCACUCCGCUCGCCCCUGCCUUUAUUUCUCGUCGUCCGAAGUUAUUUAUAGUUAGCUUUGAGAACCACUGACAUCCAAGUAAAACGUCAUCCUUCGCAGGAACAGAAGAGGGGAAAAGAAGGCAUCAGUGACUGUUUUUCCUCAUUAAACUUGGCAAGAAACGUUAUGGGAAUUAUAACGAAUUUAGCGCUGUGCGCACUGAUGUUCUUGAUAUGCUCUUCUAACAUCAGAGGUCAGAACAUCACCAUGCAACCCCACAUCUCGGACCCAGCACUCAACUCGAGUGAAGUGCUCACAGCCGCCCCCAACCACACCUCGACGGUCCCUGCCUCCAGCAACUCCUCUCAACCGAACAGCACGCUGAGCACCCCUCUCCCACUCAGUCCCCCGACCAACAGCAGCAGCAGCAACAGUACUGUCAGGAUCCCUCCUGUUAGCACCCCACAGACCACACCGGAGGACAACAAGGCCCUGCCUAAUCAAACAGCCACCGAACUUCCAGUUACCACAGGAGGCGUCAGAUCUUCUGCCCCAGCAAACAGCACCGCCAGUGAAGAGCUUACCCCAAACUCUGUGGCAAACAUCCAGUCGACCACAAGCAGCCUCAACGUCUCCAGCCCCCUACCUGUCACCACCACUCCCAGUGCUGGUGUGGCCCACUCCAGCACUUCUCCUCCCACAACUCCUCCUCCACCCAAAGUUCCCAUUCAAACCACCACCACCAGCAGCCUGAGGCCCUCCAGCACUGCCCCAGCCAAGUCACACCAGGACAACCUUUCUGAGCUCAAUGUGGGAGACGAGGAUGAGCCCACAGCCUCUGGAGCCCCUCUGGAUCCUCUUCUGGCGAGCCUGGUGGCGGUGUUCAUAGUGAGUGCCGCCAUCGUGACGGUCCUCCUUUUUCGCAAAUUUCGGCAAAGGAAUGAAGGUCCGGAAUUCCGUAGACUCCAGGAUCUACCAAUGGAUGAUAUGAUGGAGGACACUCCGCUUUCCAUGUUCACCUACUGACCGGCUCUAACAUGGCCUCUCUCUUCAGUUCCCUGCUAAACCAUUGUUCUGUUGUAUUCCGUGUUCAGCCAGAGGGGGCUCAGAAAGCAGCCAAAUCAUUUUGUCAAUUGGAAGCUUCAAUAGCAUUCAAGCACUUUUUUUCCUGUCAGCUGAUGUGUAGUCUGGAUAUCUCAAAAGGUCAAUAAUAAUUCAGCCCGCAGCACCCCCACCCCCCCCCACCCCCACCCCCCCC